CAUUUACACCUGCAUUCGCAACUACAAUCGAAAUACCGCGCUCGGUGAGCCCUACGAGUACUAUCCUAUACGGACCCCGCAAGUCGCCGAAGAAUGAACAAUGAUCCCUCCCUUACCCGCUGCUUCUCUUCCCGCUCCAUCCGACACUCUCGCUGACUGGAUGGGCUCCAUUCGCUUUCCAGACGCCAAAACACGACGGGAGGUGUGGAUUGAGCCCACAGACCCGCAUUAUGUCCGCGCAUGGGGUACAGACAGAAUCCUCUUCUCCCAUAAUCCCGACAUGCUCAACGCGCUAUCACAUUCCCUUUCUAGGCUUCGUCUCGACGACACCGAUAUCAGGUGUCUCGAGUGCUGGGAUAAAUCUCGCUUGAACCCGAAAAAAACCCCGGACGUGUCUACUCCCUACCUAUGGAGCUACUGGCUUGAGAGAGGCCUGGUCGCAAUGGUAAAUGGAGUUUUGUCAGAGUACCCGCUGGGACCGGCGUAGGGCGAUACUGUCACCCCGAAUUGGAAGACCGAGUUGAGAAGCGUCGGCCCAGAUUUUCAGCUGUGUACCCGAAACUGGUCUCAAUCCAUGCCCUAUCCUUGUCCGAACAUCUGCUGGGUCAUGCCAACGACUAUCCCGUCUUUUGGGUCCAUAGCCAAGAUUGCCUCGAGACUGGCUCAAGAAGAUGGCUUUGGGCUGUCGGUCUUAGACGGGAAAACUCGGCUCAUCGGGCGCUUGGGGACAACUAGUGAAGAGGAAGAAGAGCAGAUCAGACUGUUUUUUACAGAGGUUGUGGACCGAAUGCACUCCCGCGGGUCUUCAUCUUCGUUCAUUACCAACGGCCAACGCUUCAUGGUUGUGCAGAGGCUCCGAGACCUCGAUGAGCCCAAAUCAUUCCACUUCUCCCUCUCUACCCUUAUCGGCAAUGCAGGUCCACUAGACCUCAACACCCCAUCCGACGAUCUUUCACUCGCCCAUCAACCCAACCUCCUGACUGAACUUCCUGUUGGUCUUCUGUGCUCAUUGUCUUUCGACACACCUUUGGAUCCCUUUCCACUUCCAGCAUGGUCUUCAUCGUUGCUGGCUGUCUUUCCUCCUGACAGUGACCAAAAUGGGCAAUCGCGAAGAAGAUCCGCGCGACUUGUGCAUCCCCAGGAUGACUCUAAGCCAGGCCAAAACCAUCUUGAGGGCUCUUUUUUUGUCAAUGGAAGCCCCUGUGUAAGUGAAGCGUCAAUCGAUGCGUCGAGCUAAAGACAAACACAGUUUGGCCAUUACUCAAUUCACCUUUCGGGCGACAAGGAAGCUCGGCCGGAUUUACUGAUCCAUUCGUAUCCUCUCGCUAUCCGAGAUGGGGACUUGAGCGGUCCCCUGGAUCCCGAGUCAGCCGCUCUACCUUGCCUUACCUCAUUCCAUUCUUCAACAGCUUCUGGUGACGGCGAGACUGGACAGCCGGGACCCACUGUCAUCAGCAAUCUUCAGAUUACAUGAGCCUGUUGGAAUUGGUCGUCUCUGGGAUGCCUUCCUUGCGACUUUGGAAGUAGCUGAAGGCGGUCUGUUUGAAGGCAUGAAGAUAGGGCAAAAAGUAACUGUGAUCGCCAAGAUCACAUAUCAUCAUACAGCGGCUACCCUCGAGACUUUCCGCAACAAACUGCUCGUGAUGCUGUCCUCAAUGAGUACCGCCUCUAUUUUACACGCCUCAAGCACUUGCAAGGCUCGGUGGUAUUCAGGUGCUAUGGUCUAUGGGGUGGGGUGUUCAAGGCGAAGAGCCAGUAGGAUAUUGGGAGAGAAAUCUGGGUUAUGCUCAUGGAAUAUGGGGGCAAAACCCUGGAGGAUGUCUACGAUGCGUUUUCAGGUGAGGGUGCUCCUUCAGCCCGUCGCGAGCUGUUAAGACAGUACGAGCGACUCCACCAAGCAAACGUUUUACAUCAAGACAUAGACAUUCGACAUUGGCUGCAGAGACCGGGCGAAGGCUGGAUGAUCAUCGACUUUGACGGCGCGAGAGAAUUGACGGGCGCUCAGGAAGACAAGGAGGAGAAAGAGGAGGAGAUGCGCAGAGUCAAUUUCGAACUGCCGCAACUUAAUCGAUCGAUAUCGUCUUCCCCUACAUAGGAGCACAUAACUGUAUGACAUGGACACAGCUUUUGGGUGUCACUCAACUUAGCAGCAAACUCUGAGUGCAGAAGAAACACUGAGAGAUGUGAAAGCUGGAUACAAGACGGGUGUGUGUGCCGCGCAGACGAAUGAAUUAAUGCACUACUCCAU